CUCGGUGGGCGGGUCUGUUUUCUGUCUCGGAUGUGGAUCAGCUGAUGGUGUCUGCUGCGGACUGAUCUGCUCGGUCAUGGAGAUCAAUGAAGUUGUCUGUCAACAAGAUCGGCUUCAGCUCAUUGCGGAGAGAAGGAAAUGGCAGACGGAGGUGGAGAAUAAGAAGCGUCAGCUGGAGGACGACCGGAGAGCUCUGCAGCACCUGAAGUCGAAAGCCCUAAGGGAGCGUUGGCUGCUGGAUGGAGCGCCCCCUGCUGGUCCAGAACACGAAGAAGUCAAGAGACAACUGGAACAGGAUGAGGCCAAGACCAGGACCCUUGAGGAGACCAUCAACAGGUUGGAACAGGAACUGGUCAGGUUGGAGACUGGAGUUAUGUGUGAGACCAUAACACACACUAGUGUGAGCUCAGGUAAACCAACUGUGGAGGUCAAAGAUCACAGUGUCCAUCAGCAGGACACAGCAGCACCACCCGUUCAGGUGAUUCAAGACCUUGCAGAGGUCAAAGUUCACAAAAGUCCUCGAAUGAACAAAGUGAGAAACUCAACGGAGGAAAUGAAGAGAGCCAUGUACUCGGUGGAGAUCACCGUAGAGCGCGACAGGCUAACUGGGGAAACCAGGGUUCUGUCCAGUCAGACCCGGCUGCCGCUCGAUUUGUCCCGGCAGGGCGUCAAAGUGUACGAAGACGAUCAGAAAGUGGUCCAUGAGAUGAACGGCGACGACGUUCACCUGCUCAGCUCCUCCGAGGUCGAAGAGCUCAUCCACAAAGCCGACGAGGCGUCUGUGAUGUCACAGACUGUCACCGCGGCAACCUCCCUCCCAACAGCGGAGGUCCAGGAGGAGUCGAAUCUCGAGCCACUGCCACCCCACAUUACAGCCGAGAUCACCGGGCUGGAGGCCAAACCGAGCAGUGAACCGAGUGUGGCCGAGGCCAGCGCCGAGAACCCGGUCACCAUGGUGUUCAUGGGAUACCAGAACGUGGAGGACGAGGAUGAGACCAAGAAGGUUCUGGGGCUGCAGGGAACCGUGAAGGCGGAGCUGGUACUCAUCGAUGACGCCGAUGGCAAGACAUCACCAGGACAGGAGGUGGAGGUGGACAUGGCUCCUCCUGCCGCAAAAGCCACCACCACACCUACCAAAAAAGUCCCGCCCAUUGCCCUGCCCACCACCAAAGCCCCUCCCACUGCCACUGCCCCACCCACCUCCACCAAACCUCCGGAGGCGACAGCGAGCAACGGGGAGACGGCAGCAGAGGCGGAGGGAGGAGUGGUGGCCAUAAAGAAGGAGAAGCAGCCGUGUAAGUGCUGCAGCAUCAUGUGACCUGAAGACGGCGCAGCUGUCAAAGCUAACACAGUAACAUUAAACUCCAGGACUAAACCCCACCCACCACCCCGCCUCUAACCCCAUGACAUCACUUCCUGUCUUCUCAUGCUCAUAAGUUUUAUAAACCUUUUACUUUUCUAUUUUCUUGACGCCUUUUUACUUUUUUACUCCUCUUGUUUCCUGCUGCGCGACUCAGAGCACCUCAACAGCCUUAGCAUCAUUAGCAUCAAUAUCAGCAUCAGUAUUAGCAUCAGCAUUAACAUUAGCAUCAGUGUUAGCAUUAGCAUCAGCAUUAACAGUAGCAUCGGUGUUAGCAUUAGCAUCAGUAUUAGCAUUAGUAUCAGCAUUAGUAUUAGCAUUAGCCGUGCGGUCCUGACACUGUAACAUCCUCUCUGUCUCUGUUGAAGCUGCAGAUAAAACCAGACAGUUUGUUUCAUGGUUGUAUUUAUUUGUUCGUCUCCUGCUGCAGUUUCUGUCGCAGGAUUCUUUCUGCCAGUUUGGUUUUAUAAAACAGAAAAUAAAGUGACCCGGCGGACGGUCGACUCAGCGCUCAACAUGA